GAGAGGAGAUCAGGAUCACCAGGAAGGCGUUAUUUACAUUUUUAAAAGCUGCAGGGUUGUUGAGUAGAAUUUAAAAUAAUUGUAAAAUGACAUGAUGAUACACACUCCAGUCCAGUAGGUGGCGGUAAGCACCUAAAAGUUGUUUGCAAUCCGCCAAUAAAUAAGAGAAGAAGAAGAACUCGCAAGGUGGUCUCCUGCCACAACCUCUGAUGCUGCCUACUGUCCUCCGCUGUGUUCGGCCCAUCUCUACCAGUCUUGCCUUAAGCCGGCCUCUGGCCCACUUCAGACCACCCAUGGACCCAGACCCGAGCCGGCCCAUUGAGAGGUCUAUCAGAUCCAAACUGACCGACGCACUCGACCCAGUCCACUUAGAGGUCCACAAUGAAAGCCACAUGCACGCUGUGCCCCCUGGCUCUGAAUCCCAUUUCCGUGUCCUGGUUGUCAGCUCCCAGUUUGAGGGUCUGCCAUUGAUAAAGCGCCAUCGUCUGGUUAAUGAGGCUUUGAAGAAGGAGUUGAGUAGCUGCGUUCAUGCACUAUCUAUCCAGGCAAAGACUCCUGAGCAGUGGAGAAGUGACCCCUCCCUGGCUAAGAGUCCGCCUUGCAUGGGAGGCUCAAGGGGAGAUCACACAGUAGAGGAGAAACUGAAGGCCGGGCGGGAGUAAAGAGUUGGACUAUGAAGCUGUCGGACUGAACUGUAAAGAUCAUUGUUAAUGUAAUGGCAGUCAGGAUUCUGUUGUAGAUUUCAAUACAAAAAUGGGUUUCUGUGGUUAUUCUAUCAUAAUAAAACAUAAAUUGUAAACAUUA